AUGAGAGUUUUCACUUUUACAGCCGUCUUCUUCACAACCAUUUUCUUGACGGAAGCCAGCGAUGAUCAGCCCUACUAUGGAGUUCCUGUGGGAACUUUCGAAAGCGAUAAGUUUGGAAUCCAUUCUGAGUUAUAUUUAGCUGAUGACCACACCAUUGUUCUCGACAAAUUUGUCCACAAACCAAAAACACCUGCGUGCACAGCAAUGAUGAUAGGACCGCCGAGACAAGAAGAUGAAAAGAGAAAAGUAGGAGACGGAAUAUUGCUACCGUACACCCAACCUAACUUUUCGUGGGAGGAAAUCAGAAGGCGCAAAAGGAUAGCAGAAGAGGAGACGGAAAAGACGAUAAUUCGAUUAAAACAGGCCCCUACAACUAUUGGCCCUGAUGAGUCGUACGAAGAGGUCGAAUAUAUCGAGGAUGAAGAAGAGACGGAAACGAAGUCAGAAAUGGUGAAAAGCACUCUUCCAACAUUUUCCAAGGUCAGUCUGAAAUUGCACAACAAAUUAGAGUUGAUAGCUAUUGUAUCAACAACGAAUUCCAAAAAUCUCGAAAUUUACUUCACGGCGGCUUGUCACCAAGUUUUGUAACA